GCCGCAUCGCCACCGCAGCCCCGGCAGAGCCGAGCCCGGCCCAGGCCCCUGCCCCUGCCCGGCCCUCGGCCCGUCGCCCCCGGCCCCGCUCCCUCCCGCGGGCCCCCUCCAACGGCACCGGUGCCCCCCGGCGCCCCCAGACUCCAGCCUCCAGCACCGAGGCAGGAGGCAGGGAGCAGCAGCAGAGGCAGGAGAAACAGGAGGAGGAGGAGGAGGAGCCGUCGCAGGAUGAAGGAUCGGACUCAAGAGCUGCGGAGUGCGAAAGACAGCGAUGAUGAGGAGGAGGUGGUCCAUGUGGAUCGGGACCACUUCAUGGAUGAGUUCUUUGAACAGGUGGAAGAGAUCCGGGGCUGCAUCGAGAAGCUGUCAGAGGAUGUGGAGCAAGUGAAAAAGCAGCACAGUGCCAUCCUGGCUGCCCCCAACCCAGAUGAGAAGACCAAACAGGAGCUGGAGGACCUCACCGCAGACAUCAAGAAGACGGCCAACAAGGUUCGAUCCAAGUUGAAAGCGAUCGAGCAAAGCAUUGAACAGGAGGAGGGACUGAAUCGUUCCUCUGCAGACCUGCGCAUCCGCAAGACCCAGCACUCCACACUCUCCCGGAAGUUCGUGGAAGUAAUGACUGAAUAUAACGCAACCCAGUCCAAGUACCGGGACCGCUGCAAGGACCGGAUCCAGCGGCAGCUGGAGAUCACCGGAAGAACCACGACCAACGAAGAACUGGAAGACAUGCUGGAGAGUGGGAAGUUGGCCAUCUUCACGGAUGAUAUCAAAAUGGACUCACAGAUGACGAAGCAGGCAUUGAACGAGAUCGAGACGAGGCACAACGAGAUCAUCAAACUGGAAACCAGCAUCCGCGAGCUGCACGACAUGUUUGUGGACAUGGCCAUGCUCGUGGAGAGCCAGGGCGAAAUGAUCGACCGCAUUGAGUACAACGUGGAACAUUCCGUGGACUACGUGGAGCGAGCCGUGUCCGACACCAAGAAAGCUGUGAAAUAUCAGAGCAAGGCCCGGAGGAAGAAAAUCAUGAUCAUCAUUUGCUGUGUGGUGCUGGGGGUGGUCUUGGCGUCAUCCAUUGGGGGGACGCUGGGCUUGUAGGCCCCCCACCCCUGUCCCUCCCAGACCCUUCCCCCACCACAUUGGGAGCAAUACCCCCACCAUCCCUUCACUCCAUCCCCUGCUCCAGGCUCACCCUCAAGACAGACCCAGGCAGCCCCCCCCUUCACCUCCCCUAUCAGACCCUGGAGUCCCUGGACCUCCCCCGCCAUGGACCACCCUCGCCCCCGCACGUAGAUAGCAGCAGGCGUGAUCACACAUGCACACCAACAUGCAUGCCGCCGGCACAUGCUCGAGACGUGUGGACACCCCAGCGUGUGUGUGUGUGUGUGUGUGUGUGUGUGUGUGUGUGUGUGUGUGUGUGUGUGUGUGUGUGUGUGUGUGUGUGUGUAGAAGCACCAAGUCACUCUUCCUGACCCCCACCUCAAGUCUGUGUGUUGUCUGAGCUUUCCUCCUUCACCUGGGUUGUUGUGUAGACUGUGGCCAGGUGUAACACAGCAGCCCACCAAGCCCCGCUCUGUCUUCUGUGAAUAGUGGUGUGUGUGUGUAUACGUCUGUGUGUGGGUGUGGCCACAGAUCUGUGGACAGUUUGUGUAGAUGGAAUUUUUGUGUUUGAGUGUUUAAAUCCACUGCAACAGCCCUUCCUCCCAUGACACCCACCCCCCUACCCCGUGUCUGCUGCCAAGUGGGGCAGGUUGUGAGUGUAUAGAUGCUCACACUCACUUUCCCAGAGGAUCCAGGUGGGCCCAAGUCCUCACAGGCCACGGAGGACACCUUAGUGCAAUGUAGAACAAACCCUUCUGGCUUAGUCAUCCCCGCGGCCGGCGUGUGUCCUGGGGAGCGCAUGUGUGUGCGUGUGGAGUUCAGCCACGGCGAGUGGAAGCACACUUGUGUGAAUAACUGGCUUGGCCUGUAUGUCCAUGUGUAUUUCCCAGCAGGUGAUGCGAGAGGCGUGUGUGUGUGUGUGUCUCGAGGAUGUGCCUGGCGUGUCAGUAAGUCUUCUCCUGAGGCAGCGCUCGUUGUGCACUGGACACCUGUCUGGGGUGGGCACAGAAAUGUAUGUUUCUGUGCUAUCUCGAGUACACCUGCACCGAUCUGUGUGUGUGUAGGACUUGUACGUUGUGUGUUUCUGCCCCCUGUAUAGGAUAUGCACAUACUCAUUUACCUGUAAGGACGAGUACCCCAGCCAGGUUUGUUUCUCCAGAUUAUUUGUCCCCUCCGUCUCUCCCCAGAGCUGCUGACCGCUAUCUAGAGUGGCCACACACUGCUACGUCAACAAUUGUGCCACGGAGCUUUCUGCCCUGUGUGGUCUGAGCCCCUGUGCACACAUGCCCAGAUGCUUAUUUUCCUCUGUCUCUGCCAGAGGGUAGGCCUGCCCCUGUGGAAGCUGGGACACCUUUGUGUGCUCCUACCUGCCACGGUGGCCGAGGCCACACCCAGGCACACACAUGAAGGAGGAGCAAGGCGCAUGCUCACCCCGCAGGGUGUGGGUACAGGCCUGCACAUGGAUGCCUCCUGGGAGGGCUUUUUGUGGGCAAGUUACUGAUAAGGGGAAAUGUUUAAGGCUGCCCCAGGCAGAUUGGAAAUGAGGGCAUUCUUGAGCAGUAACUUCAGAACUGGGAGAGGCCAGUGAUGGUCCCCACCACCCCAUCUGAUACUCUGGGCUCUGCCUCAGGGACCUUGGGUUUGGGGAACUGUUUAUUUCAGACGUGCUGGAGUGGGCUGUGUCCUAGGGCCCAGGCUCCUGCUGAAAUACUGGCAAUAGCUGUUCCCCAGCAGGGUGAGACUGAAGGUGGGACACAGGCCUGGGUUUCUGAUGGUGAGGAAGGGGUCAGCUGCUCCCUCGCUGUGUAGACAACACGUGCAUGGGUAGGUUUGUGCAUUUGGUGGCUGGGGGGAGGUAGUCAGGCAAAGGACAGUGUUAGAAGCCUUUCAGUCUAUUGGCCCAGGAACGUGGACCCACAUGUGCAGGAUUGAACAUGCAAGUACAGGAAUGCACCCUGCCCUGGGGUCAGGCAUACGUGUGCACAGGAUGGAGGACUUUGGUGUGAGUGCAGAUCAUCUCCUGGAGGGUCCCAGGUCCCUCUUCAUGUGAAGCAUGUGUGUGUGUGAAUGAGAGAAAGACAGUGCAAAUGUGACUUUCAGAACAUAAUCCCCCGCCUUCCCCACAGCUCAGCUAGCCAGCCUCUGCCCUGCCUGGCUGGGCCCUGCCUGUGUGUGGCCAAUACAUGUAUGUAACCCCUAAGGUAGGCUCUCCUGAGGAGGGGAGCCUGCCUGUCCAUUCCCAGAAUGCCCUUCGUCAGGGCUGGAAAUUUGCCCCCGUGUCUGACUGCAGCCCUCCUGCUCCCACUCAGGCUUCUUUGGGGACGUCAGAGCAGGCCCCAGCACCCCCCAACCCCACCCUUUUUCCUUCCUGCUGCCCAGGCAGGAUACCCUUUCAGGCCAGGUGUUUCCGGAACUCCCACAGCCUUGGGGCCACAAGGAGAAGGGUGGAGCCAUGGCUGGAGUGAUGCUGUUGCCUCCUUGAGUGAUUUUAGGCCUGUAGCUGUCCAUCUCUGGGUCUCAGUUGGACCAGAGAAUCCCUGAGGGUCUGUUCUGCCUCAGCUUCUAUAAGUCCCACACAUCAUACGAUGUGUUUGCUUGUUGGCUGCUGUGUCUGUGUGUGUCCUGGAAUGUUGUCUGGGGGCUGGUGUCUUUCACACGUUCUCAGACAAGUGUGUGCUGCCCACCCGCCACGCACCUACAACCAUCAAGCCCCUGUGUGCCCCGCAGGUGGUCCCGGGCUUGGCCAGGGCUCCGUGCUUCCCCUUCCCCUUCCUCCCUUGCCCUGCCUCUCACGAAGCACACUGCGUGUCCAUCCCAUGUGCCUGUGGGUUGAUGCACGCUCUUGCCACGCCUUGAGCGUGUGUACAUGAUGUGUUCUAUGCAUUCACCCUGCCCCGCACCCCCAGCCUGCCCCGCAGAGGACAAGAUGGGUGGCCCCCGGCUCCCUCCCCCCAAUCCCGCCUGCUGUGCAGUCAUGUGCGUUGGCGUGUGUUUGUGUCGCUGGCGUGUCACGUGAUAUAGCCGUGUUUGCUGACAUGAGCCCCUGCCCCUUCUGUUUCUCCGUUGGUUUCUAGAGCUCUUUCCCUCUCCUCCCUAGACGGGACAGGACUCCUGGGGCCUGGCUGGGGGCCCAGAGCCAGGCCACCCUCUCCUGUUAGCCCUCAGAGUCCCAUUUCUCUUUAUUGGUGACCAAGUUGCAAAUGGAUAAAACACAGAAAAAUUCUGCCCCGCCCCCCACCCUGCAUGUCCUGUCCCCAGAGCCCCCCACCCCUAUCCCGGGCCGGGUUGGGCCCCGUGGGACGGGAGAAAUAGCAACCAAUCCAACAGCGGGCAUGCUGUGUGCUCACUUCCUUCUGUCCCCGACCCGG